GAUAUGGCACCGAAAACCAGUGGAAAGGCCGCUAAGAAGUCUGGCAAGGCCCAGAAGAACAUUGCGAAGGGAGACAAGAAAAAGAAGAAGCCACGCCGCAAGGAGAGCUACGCCAUCUACAUCUACAAGGUCUUGAAGCAGGUCCACCCCGAUACCGGUAUCUCCUCGAAAGCCAUGAGCAUCAUGAACAGCUUCGUCAAUGACAUUUUCGAGCGCAUCGCCGCUGAGGCUUCCCGUCUGGCUCACUACAACAAGCGUUCCACGAUCACUUCUCGCGAGGUUCAGACCUCCGUGCGUUUGUUGUUGCCAGGAGAAUUGGCCAAGCACGCCGUCUCAGAGGGUACUAAGGCUGUCACCAAGUACACGAGCUCCAAGUAAAUUUAAAGUGACGCUUUCAAUUUUCCGCAAAUCGGCCCUUCUAAGGGCCAACAAUUAAUCAUUGAAGAAAUAUUUGAACUUUCUCAUAAUCAUUAGAACACAAUUAUUAGGCUGCAAGCCCAUAUUUGGCCGGUUUUAUCUAGAAAAUUUGUUAGAAACGAUAUAGCAAAGUUCUGUGUGGGCUCGUAUAAGACAACGCAAGCCACUAUUUUUUAAAUAAUAUUUGUUUUUAAUUGUACUAUAGUUUAUUGUCCUAUUCAUUUUUUCAAAUAUGUGCUUUAGGUUUAUGUUUCGAUACCCAAUCCAUAAGUUUCUGACAACAUGAAAAGAAGUCGUUCGAUGUUGGUUCUCCAAUAAACGGCAUUAGAAAUGAUAAAACGAUUUUAAAACUUUGAUACUUUGAUUGUUAAUAAGGGACUGAGAUUUAUUCGUAAAGUAACGCAAAAGAUAUCAGCCCAGA